AUGGACCGCUCACAACCACAGUCGUCCAAUCUCAUGGACAUCCACAACCGCCUCGUAGCAGACAUCCUUACGCGCUACCGCACGCUCAUGAUGCACGCCACGGUCCAGGCCGAGGGUGAACGCAACAAUGCCACCCCCGAGGCCAUGGCCGUGGCCGGCAUAUCCAUCAAGAUGGAGUUCGACGGACUGUAUUCGUCGAUCAAGGAGCUCCUCACCCUUUCGCGCCGCAUCAAGGAGCUCUGGGUUUUCGGCCCCCUCGGCAAGGCGGACCCGGACCGAAUCGCCAAGGAGGCACAGAUCGAGCGUGACGUCGCGGCCGUCGCCGAGCUCGCUAACGGCCUGGAGGGAGCGGACAUGCGUGCCCUGGCGGAACGGCACGGCGGCGCCUGGGAGAGACUCACAAAAGAUGAGCCUGAGCGUAUCGCUGGCGGGGCCGCUGCCGGUACACAAUGA